CACUCUCUUGCUUACUACUUCCAUUGCUCUCACUUCUUCUAUUCAUUCAUUUUCUUUUCACUGACAAGGUGAAUAGGAAAUUCAGUUUCAAGUGAUGGGUUCUGACGAUCACUCCCCUCUGGUUGUUAAACGCAAGCGUACCAAGCGCCAACGGUCGUCUUCCCCACACCGUGUUGCUGCCUUGACUGAUAGCUCAUCCAGUGGUUGCGUUGGAGGAGAAAGAUCAGAAAGAGAAAGGGGAGGAGUUGUUGUUGAUGAUUCUUAUAACUCCGUAUCCUCCCCAACAACAUCUGGGGAAGUUUAUGAGUCCACGGAAGAAGAAGAAGCCAUGGCUAACUGUUUAAUCAUGUUGGCUCAAGGUGAUGCUUCAAGGCAAAUUCAACAACAAAAAGGAAAGUUUAAUACUUCUUCUCGGAAAUUCUCCAGUAUUAUCACUAGUACAUCAAGCAAGGCCGGGUUCUAUGUGUACGAGUGCAAAACUUGUAACCGAUCUUUCCCUUCGUUUCAAGCACUGGGUGGUCACAGGGCGAGUCACAAGAAGCCGAAGGUGAUAAUAGAGGAGAAAAAAUCAUCAGUGGUUGUGGCAGAAGUAAACGGUGAUUCAGUUGAAGAAAGUGGGCAAUUACUUAAAAGCAGUAAUAUUCCUGUUGUUUCUUUGCAAGUAGCGGCCAACAGUAAGGCCAACAAAAUUCAUGAGUGUUCAAUUUGUGGCUCAGAGUUUACAUCAGGACAAGCCCUUGGUGGUCACAUGAGACGACAUAGAGCUACGGCUGCUGCAACAGUAGUUAAUCAAGUGGGUGGUGGUGCUAACAAUUCUGAAGCUAUCAGUAAUGAAUCCAACAGUGGUGAUCAUCAUAAGCCUCAACCACCUAGAAGUAUUCUACCGUUGGACCUUAAUCUUCCCGCACCAUCCGAAGAUCAUGAUCAUCAAUAUCAUCUCCGUGAUUCCAAGUUCCAAUUUGGAUCCACUCAGCAAGCUCUUGUCUUCUCCGCCUCAGCUUUGGUUGAUUGCCACUACUAAAACGGAAAACACUCCAGAUGUGAAUUAUUAUUAUAAUAUGAUUGUUAUAAUUUGAUAUGAAAAUUCUUGAUACAAUUAUCAAUUCUUUGAAUGAUUAAAUAUUUUAAUAUUCGAUGAUCUCUAUUAGUUACUAGUUGAAUACUUUGAGUAAGUGGUUAGUGUUGAUGGUUGCCUUUGAUUCACGAAAAGUGAGUGAUGAGGCAUCUUUUGGGUGCCUAAAAAAUGAAUGUGUAGUUAUUGUUAAGUGGGAGAGAGCGAUGUGUAAGAGUGAAGGGAGAGAGGUUUGGCAUAGCGAGAGCAGGGGCAGGAGCACCACAACUAAAAGUGGUGGAUUAGGUUGUUCUUUGUCAAUUUUUGGAUACAAAUAAAGCUCGCUCUUACUUACUCUCUCACAGUCUCAUCGGUUUCUUUCAUUAAAUGACAAAGAAUAAAUGGAU